UCGAGCUUUGAGUAUAUCAAAGAUGAAGGAAUCCACAGUUCUGAUCAUUUGAAAAGAUUGCUAGAAUACCCUUCUCUGGUAUCAGUAUGAACUCGUAAGUUUUAAUUUAUACACCUGUUCAUGUACACGUGUGCACAUACAGAGAUAGAAAUAGAUGUGUGUGUGCUUGUGCGUGUACACGGAUUUCCUUUUUCUGAGAGGACUUGGAAGCAGUUACGCCACCAUAGCAAUGAGCACAUGUGACACCAGGUCUUGUUUUCUAAAUGCUCUUGUCUGGGGGAAGAAACUUGAGUUCCUUGGAGAAGUGACUCAGGGCAAAGGAAAAACGUCCUUUGGACCUGAAACAUGACGUGGCUACCAGAAGAGAAUGAAAUGCUAAAACAAACAAACAAACAAAAUGGUGUACCAACUUGAAGGAGCUUUCAACACCGGAUCUGGGACAAUUUGAAGAACAAAAUAAGUAAUGAUAGUAACAGAUUAUAACCCAUGGGAUGAAAUAAAUAUCCGUAAGCCCAUGGUGCUGCAAAUAAAUAUUUGAAUAAAUAAAUACGAGACAGCCAUGUAUUAUAGUAAAAUUCAAAUUAAUAAACAUAGAAGGAAUGAUGGAAACAUUAGGCAGAUACUAAUAAUUGUUACAGGCAAGAAUUGUCUGUGAAUGCUAAAGUUAGUCGGUGGAAGUUGGAUGUAAAAUGAGAUUUUGCGUAGCCUCAGAGUAUCUCUUCAGAGUAACGUUCAGUGGAGAAACCUGUCAGACCCCACCGCCAUCAAGUGAUUACAGUUAACGUCAUCAUAAUGCAACAUGUUGACAUCAUGUGCUUGCUGAGAGGAUACACUGAGAAGGGUACAGUAUUGCUUUUGUGCUAUUUUUGUCAAAAAUACGUAACUUCAAUCUAAUGAGAAAACAUCACAUUAACCCAAAUUUGGGGGCAUUUUACAAAAGGGCUGGCUGCAAAAGUGUGAAUGUGAAGAAAGAAUAAAAACUGUCACAGUUAGGAGGAGAGAUGUUGGAGAUCCACAAGAGCAGUGUCGGGCUGCAGACUGAAUGUGGAAGCAGGAUGGAUAGGAUGACAGAAGAUGCUCUUCGCCUGAACCUGUUGAAGCGGAGCUUGGACCCGGCAGAUGAGCGAGACGAUGUCCUGGCUAAGCGACUCAAAAUGGAGGGGCACGAGGCCAUGGAACGCCUGAAGAUGCUGGCGCUGCUCAAACGGAAGGAUCUGGCGAAUCUCGAUGUGCCACAUGAGUUGCCCACCAAACAGGAUGGCAGUGGUGUCAAGGGCUAUGAAGAGAAACUCAAUGGGAAUCUCAGGCCUCACGGCGACACCAGGACUGCUGGAAGGCCAGGCAAAGAAAACAUCAGCGAUGAGCCUGUGGAUAUGAGUGCCAGGCGGAGUGAGCCAGACCGUGGGAGGCUGACUCCCUCCCCAGACAUCAUUGUUUUAUCUGAUAAUGAGGCUUCCAGUCCCCGCUCCAGCUCCCGAAUGGAAGAAAGACUCAAAGCAGCCAACCUAGAGAUGUUCAAGGGGAAAGGCAUUGAGGAGCGGCAGCAGCUCAUCAAGCAGCUGAGGGACGAGCUGCGAUUGGAAGAAGCCCGGCUGGUGCUGCUGAAGAAGCUGAGGCAGAGCCAGCUCCAGAAGGAGAACGUAGUCCAGAAGACCCCGGUUGUGCAGAACGCGGCGUCCAUCGUGCAGCCAUCUCCUGCGCAUGGGGGACAGCAGGGCCUGUCCAAGCUUCCCUCUCGGCCUGGGGCCCAAGGGGUGGAGCCACAGAGUCUGAGAACAUUACAGGGUCACAGUGUCAUCCGCUCCGCGACCAGUACCACCCUCCCACAUAUGUUGAUGUCCCAACGUGUUAUUGCACCAAACCCAGCCCAGCUACAGGGUCAGCGGGGCCCACCUAAGCCCGGCCUUGUACGCACCACAACACCCAACAUGAAUCCUGCCAUCAAUUACCAACCGCAGUCGAGUUCUUCUGUUCCCUGCCAGCGCACAACAUCCUCUGCCAUCUAUAUGAACCUCGCCUCCCACAUGCAGCCGGGGACUGUGAACAGGGUGUCCUCACCCCUGCCGAGCCCCAGCGCCAUGACCGAUGCCGCCAACUCCCAGGCUGCCGCCAAACUGGCUCUUCGCAAACAGCUGGAAAAGACCCUCCUGGAGAUUCCGCCGCCUAAACCUCCUGCUCCCCUGCUUCACUUCCUGCCUAGCGCGGCCAAUAGCGAGUUCAUCUACAUGGUGGGCUUGGAAGAAGUCGUACAGAGUGUCAUCGACAGCCAAGGCAAAAGCUGUGCCUCACUCCUGCGGGUCGAACCCUUUGUUUGCGCCCAGUGCCGCACAGAUUUCACCCCUCACUGGAAGCAAGAGAAGAAUGGUAAGAUUCUGUGUGAGCAGUGCAUGACCUCCAACCAGAAGAAGGCUCUAAAGGCCGAACACACCAACCGGCUGAAAAAUGCUUUUGUUAAAGCCCUACAGCAGGAACAGGAAAUCGAACAGCGACUACAGCAGCAGGCAGCCCUUUCCCCCACCGCGGCUCCGGCCGUGUCCAGUGUCAGUAAACAAGAGACCAUCAUGAGACAUCAUACGCUUCGGCAGGCUCCACAGCCCCAGAGCGGCCUCCAGCGCGGCAUACCCACAUCUGCCCGUUCCAUGCUCUCCAACUUCGCGCAGGCGCCCCAGCUGUCUGUGCCUGGUGGCCUCCUUGGGAUGCCAGGUGUCAACAUUGCAUACUUGAACACCGGCAUCGGAGGACACAAAGCUCCCAGUUUGGCAGACAGACAGCGGGAGUACCUUUUAGACAUGAUCCCUCCCCGGUCUAUAGCGCAGUCCAUCAGCGGGCAGAAAUAACGCCUGUCCACGUGCACUGCCCCAGCCUUGAACCCUUUACCCCUCCUCUCCCAUUGCCCCCAACUUCCGUCGCAUGCAGUGCCUGUACUGGUGCCUACCAUACACGGAAAACAAAACAGAAAACAGAAGACAAACCUAGAAAUCAACAGGAAAACGCGCCUGCCCUGCCCGCCACCCCUCUCUCACUGCUGCGAUUCUGCCGCUCUUGUCUUCUCUCCGGUUUUCUUUCACAGUGAGGUGCUCUUCACCUCGGAUGAGGUCAGAGUGAGGUCCUGGGGAGAGAGAAAUCUAAGCCCUCUGACGUGUGUUUCUAAAGUUUUUAUGCUCUAAUUAUUAUCAUUUUUAAUGAUGUUGUGUGUCCUCCCCUUUGUUCAGUGGACGGUUAAACCUUUUUAUUUUCUCAAUAUUUUUCUUUUUCUCUUCUUUUUUUUUUUUCUUUUUCGUAAACACAGAUGACAUUCAGAUAAAUGACAGGAGCAUUGCAGGGGGUCCCCAAGCAGAUCUGACUGGCGACGUUGGGGGCAGAAGUUUUUAAUGCACUUAACCUGGGGGUGGGGCAAGGUGAUGGCAUCAGAUAGGGAGGACAUCAGCCCUUGGCGUCUCUGGGCUGGACAGUCUGGGAGGUGGUGUUUUGUACUGAAGUGGGCUCUAAGAAUGAGGGGAAUGAGCCUGGAGGGAGAAGCUUUAAAAUGUAACCACCACGGAAUUGACCCACAGAGAAAGGGGAGAGGGACAUGGGGACAAGUAUAGUGCUGAGCCAAGGAGGACGGAGGCUGGUGUUGGCCUCCUGGAUGCUCUCCUGGUCCCAGUGGAGAUAGAGGUCUAUUCCAGGUCAACUAGCCCAAAAUUAUUUCACCUUACUUUCUUUGUAAAAUCCCCCCCCCCCCCCCCCACCUUUUUAAUCCUGAUCUGCUCCUGGUAAACUCAGUCCCCAAGUCCCGUCUAUAAUCCGGGAGGCGUAGCUGUUCCCAGCCUGAGUUAGCUGGUGUCCUGGGAGCUGGGCGGGACAUACUGAGUGAGACAGAGAAGGGAAGAGAGAAGGGCUUUCUCUCCCAGCAGGUGAGACCCCAUCUGUCUGUCCCACCCUCCAGCCGGGAGGAGGGAACAGGGAGGCCUCACCAGCUUGGAGUCCUGCCCUGGUCUGCUGUCCUGAGUGCAGAACCCACUGCUCAGAGCCACACAACUCUGGUCAAAGCCAGCUCUGGGUCUCGGCUGCAAAAGUAGUUGUGGUGUCCCCCUCCCCAACCCAUCUCCAGAAAUCUAUUAAUUUUCCUUUUUUGUUGUUUUCAGCUUUUUCUUGAGCGCUACUAAUGUAGGGAAUGAACUGAAUUGUGCAAUGUUGCUGUUCUGGGGAUAAGAGAGGUUAGCACCCCAUCUGCCCACACCGUGGGGGAAGCAAGAGGGGGGCCAGGCUGUCUCUGAGGUAAAGGAAGCCCCUAAAAGGCAGGGGUUUCUGCUCUCCCGUAACAGUCACCUGCCUCUCCAGCUCUAGAAGCUGCCAGAGUACAGGAAAGGGAUACGCUGAGCAGAGACGUGUGAAGAGGAGUUUAGAAUUUUGCCCUUGAAAGCCACCUGGGAAAGUUCCCCCACUUUUAUUUUAAAAUAUUAAAUAAUGUUUUUAAAGUAA